AAGAAAAGUAUAAAAAGUCAGGUCAUGUCACUUUCCCCCAACUUAUUACACAUUAUACAAGGACUAGUUUAGUGUACAUGUUUUGAUCACAAUACAAUUACCAUUUGUCACACCUUUAUAUUUUGGAUUAACUAAUCUAUGGGUUCCAAAGUAGUUGAUCUUUUCUUGGUGAUACUAGUGUUGUCCAUAACCAGAGUGGUAGCGGCAAAAGCAAAAGUUGCAGGCGACGAGUGCAGGACAAAGAGAUGUUCCCGUCAUGGUCCAGGAAUUCGGUUUCCAUUUCAUCUCAAAGACAGGCAGCCUGAGCAUUGUGGCCUCCCUGGUUUCCGAGUUUCUUGUGAUGGAGGAGAAACACUUCUGGAGUUGCAAUACCUUGCAAACACAUCCCUGCAAGGAAUCCAGCUCUUCCUUUCUACAGGGACAACCGUUGAUUCAAUUAACUACAAAUCUCAAAAGAUAAUACUUAGUAAUUUCUCCUUUCAGCCUAAAAUUAACAACGUGACACUGGUUUCCACGUCAACUUCAUGGACGUCUGCAAUAGUUCCUCCCCCCUUUGGAGGAGAAAGAUCUUAUACAAAUAUCAAUACUACAUUUGCCAGUUGUUCGUCAGGAGUUGUAGGUCAGCUGGACCUUCUUCUCACUUCCCUCAGUGGACAAGCUUUCCAGGUUUACUAUUUUGACGGCCUGGUAGGCUUUGAUCAACCAUCAAUAACAUCAUGUACCAAGGUUUUUAAUUCUUCUUUCCCAUUUUAUAUGUUGGGAGGAGGGACUGCAACCCUCAAUUGGUCAGCUCCGAAUUGUGGGAAAUGUGAAGCCAAGGGGGAGUACUGUAAACUGACGGAGAAUAGUACCAGUAGUAACGUCGGAAUAGCUGAUUACAGUACUGUAUGUUUAUCUAGAGGUCAUGGUUCAAUCAAGGCAAUUGCAGGAAUAAUUCCAGGUGCCACUCUUACUGUGCUUGUCCUUGUAGUAUUACUGUAUUAUAUAAUUAGAUCAUAUAGACGAAAGAAAUAUGACGCGCUGAAAAUUGAAAUGUUCCUGAGGGAUUACAAAGCCAUGAAACCAACAAGAUAUUCCUAUGCUGACAUCAAGAAAAUCACGAGACAGUUUAGUAAUAAAUUAGGACAGGGAGGUUUUGGGUCGGUGUACAAAGGUCACAUUACCAAGGACAUCAUUGUUGCAGUUAAGAUACUUAAUAAUGAUCCGAAAGCUAAUGGAGAAGAUUUUAUCAAUGAAGUAGGCACUAUAGGGCGAAUCUAUCAUGUUAAUGUGGUUCGCUUGGUAGGGUAUUGCGCUGAUGGCUGCAAUCGAGCUCUUGUUUACGAGUUCCAACCUAAUAAUUCUUUAGAAAAGUUCACAUACUCUGGUCAAAAUCACAAGAACAAUUUCCUUGGCUGGGAGAAGCUGCAAGAGAUUGCUAUAGGCAUAGCUAAAGGAAUUGAAUAUCUUCACGAAGGAUGCGCACAGCAGAUCCUGCAUUUCGAUAUCAAGCCUCAUAAUAUCUUGUUGGACCAAAAUUUCACUCCCAAAAUUUCUGAUUUUGGUUUGGCCAAGUUGUGUUCCAAGGACCAGAGCAUUGUGUCUAUGACUAUGGCUAGAGGAACCAUUGGCUAUAUUGCACCAGAAAUAUUUUCCAGGAAUUUUGGAAAGGCAUCAUCCAAAUCAGAUAUUUAUAGCUUCGGAAUGUUAUUACUUGAAAUGGUGGGAGCAAGGAACAAUACCACAGUGGAAAAUAGCACUGAAACAUACUUUCCUGAAUGGAUAUAUCAUCGUUUGGAGGAAGGUGGAGAAGUGGCAAUCCAAAUAGAAAAACAAGAAGAUUCGAACAUCGCAAAAAAGCUAACAAUUGUGGGACUAUGGUGCAUAGGUUGGCAUCCGGUGGACAGACCUUCAAUCAAGCAUGUCAUCCAUAUGCUAGAAAGACCGGAAUGUCCUGCAAUGCCUCCUAAUCCUUUCGGACCAUCAAAUGUAAGGUCAUUUAAAAGUGAUCUAGAAGUAAUUUCUGAAUCUGAGUGAAAACAAAUGUGUAUAAAUGUUGGUUAGCUCAGAUGAGAGCAUUUUCACGUGAAAAUAAUUGUUCUGCACUUCUUGUAUACAUUGUUCUACACUUCAUGACAUUUGCAGAACAAUAGAGAUUAUAAUUGAUUUUUCAUGAAA